UACGAUGAUGAAGUGGAGGAACCCUUAUCUAGCAGUGAACUGGGAGACAAACCAGAACAGGAGAAAACUCGUGAACAGAAGGAAGUUGAUUUGAUUCCUAAAAUCCAGGAAGCUGUGAAUUAUGGGCUGCAGGUUCUGGAUAGUGCCUUUGAACAGCUGGACAUCAAAGCGGGAAAUUCAGACUCUGAAGAAGAAACAAAUGAAAGCGUAGAAUUAAUACUGGAGCCUAAGGAUCUUUACAUUGAGAGGCCCCUGCCAUAUUUAAUUGGCUCCCAGUUCUUCAUAGAGCAAGACGAUGUUGGACUUGGUGAUCUCUCCAGUGAAGGUGGAAUGUUGGGGGCAUUCUACAGAUUAUGGGGCAGGAACUUCCAACAGCAAAAAGGUACAAUGGAUAGUGAUCGUGGGAGCAUGAUUGACAGUGAAGGACAAGCUGAAGAGGAAUUGGAAGAAUUUGAGGAUGUAAGUGAAGAUGAUCAGAGGCCGAAAAAGAAAAGGCCUGCAUCAUUUACCGAUGAACUUGCAGCUCGUAUCAAAGUGGACAUGCUAAGUAAACUGGAGGAAGACCAAUUGUCAUAUGCAAAAAAUAAGAAAAAAGCGUCUGACAAGGAAGACGUUCCAUUGGAUGAUGAUGAUAUCUUUAUGCCUCCCAAGCUGACUGAUGAAGGCUUCUUACCAUUUGCCAAAGAAGGCCUCUUUGGUGGUGGAACAGGACUUUUUGACAAUGAAGAGAGUGAUCUUUUUGCUGAAUUGCCAAAAGCAGAAGCCACAGUAGAGAAGGAAACUCAAGCCCCUAUAAAUGAUGAGCCAUCAACAAAAGUUGUAAGGAAGGUUCCUGCUGGAGCAGUUUCUCUCUUUCCAGGUAGAAAUGAUGUGUUUAGCCCAUCAUUUUUAAUGGGAAAAGAAGAUAAGAAAUUGAUAGAAUCAAUUACAGAUACAGCUGAGAAAUUUCAUGGAAAUAUUGGCAUGUUCGAUGAUGACGAAUUCAAGUCAAAUAACGCAGAUUCUCUUUCAGCCAAACCUGCACCUGGGCUCUUUGAUGUUGAGCAGGAACUUUUCAAGGAAAAGGCUGUCAUUACCAAUACUGUAAAGAAUGCUGCUACAGGAAAUAAAGAAGGUACAGCAGGAUACAAGGUAAUCAAACAGAAGUACGCAUCUGAUUCUAAUUGCAUCACAAUUUCAAAAUCAUUAUUUUCUGAACAUAUCUGAAUUUUGGCAUUCAGGUUAACCUGGAUAUAAGAGAAAUUAAUUAAGAAAAGUGUUCCAGUAUGUUAUUGUGAGUGACUCCAGUACCAUGGGAUAAAAAGAGAAUGUU